GCCGCGUGGGAUAGGGAUGGGCCUUGGGCACCUCGUAGGGGGUAGUGAUGGACCACGGGGUGCAUGGGGUGAGAGCGGGGCAGGGCAGGGGAGGAGGCUGGGGGUGAUGCUGGAGCUGUGGCACGUGCUGUGGUGCUGCCAGCUGUACCAGGGACCCCUGGCAGCCUUGGUGCCCACGGGCGGGCUGCGCUCCGGUGCCGGCAGCGAGGCGGUUAACGGAGAUUGUAGUCUCCCUCUUAGGGCUCCGCUCCCGAACUGCAGCUUGAGUCAGUUGUGUGGAGGUGGCAGCGGCGCAGCUCCGGCUGGCACGCGGCUCCGGCUGGCACACACCGGCCCCAGCCCUCGUCCGGCAGCGCGCUGAGCCCCGGCACACAGGGCUCCCCAGGACCACCGGGACCGGCCACUUCACCUCAACGAGUCCGGGGAGUCCCCAACACCCACCCUGCCCUGGGAGCCUGCUGAUUCCCCAGCAGCACCCACCGGCUCCCGGGCUCCAUCCCCACGCCUAGCACUGCGGGGCCUCGUGCCCCGGGCAGGACAGGCACCUGCCCCGUGCACUGACACUGAGGCUGCAGGGCCACCCCGUACCCCGCAUGCCCCUGGCCCACGGAGCCGCCUGCCCCCCGUCGCGCCCGGCCGCCCCCCGCACCACGGCCACCAUGGGCGAAGCGCCCGAGCCGUCCUCGCAGGCGUCGCUGGCCGUCCUCUCCAAGGUGGAGCUGCGGGUGAGCUGCAGGCACCUCCUGGACCGCGACACCCUCAACAAGUCGGACCCCUGCGUCCUGCUGCUCAUGCAGUCCCAGGGCCAGUGGGUGGAGGUGGACCGCAGCGAGGUCAUCAAGAGCAACCUGAACCCCGUCUUCGCCAAGAUCUUCACGGUGGACUACUACUUCGAGGAGGUGCAGAAGCUGCGCUUCGAGGUGUACGACAGCCACGGGCAGGCCGGCGUGGGCACGCACGACGAUGACUUCCUGGGGGGCAUGGAGUGCACCGUGGGGCAGAUCGUGGCGCAGAAGCGGGUGACGAAGCCGUUGUUCCUCAAAUACGGGAAGUUUGCGGGGAAAUCCACCAUCACGGUCAUCUCCGAGGAGAUCUCAGGGAACAACGGCUACGUGGAGCUGGCCUUCAGGGCCAAGAAGCUGGAUGACAAGGACCUUUUCAGCAAGUCUGAUCCCUUCCUGGAGAUCUACCGCAUCGACGACGACAGCAGUGAGCAGCUGGUGUACCGCACCGAGGUGGUGAAGAACAACCUGAGCCCCAUCUGGGAGCCCUUCAAGGUUUCUCUGAACUCCCUCUGCAGCUGUGAGGAGAAGAGGAAGCUGAGGGUGAGGAAGGGUGAUGGGACCCUAUCCCCGGGCAGGUGUAGGGGUGGGGGCAUGCAGCUGGGCAGCGCUGACCCCCACCCCCGUAGUGCGUCGUGUGGGACUACGACUCACGGGGAAAGCACGACUUCAUCGGCGAGUUCUUCACCACCUUCGAGGAGAUGCAGAAGGCAAUGGGGGAAAACAAGGUGGGGACAUGGGGACGUGGCCAGCGGGGUUGGGGUGCAGCCUUUGGGCUUGCCGUCGGCCCCUAUUCCAGGAGGCACCUCCCAGAUUCUCCACUGGUUUCUCUUUGGGGAAGGGAUGGAUAGGCCUGCUGCCAUCAGCCCGGGCUGUGGCAUGGGGCCGGGGGCUGUGGGGCCGCAGCACAAUGGGGCUGGGGGCUGUGGGGCCGUACCCGGGCAGCGCGGGUGCCGCAUGCUGCAGGUGCAGUGGGAGUGCAUGAACCCCAAGUACAAAAUCAAGAAGCGCAACUACAAGAACUCGGGGGUCGUGGUGCUGCUGGACCUGAAGAUCCACAGGGUCUACUCCUUCCUGGACUACAUCAUGGGCGGCUGCCAGAUCCACUUCACGGUGGCCAUCGACUUCACAGCCUCCAACGGGGACCCCCGCAACAGCUGCUCCCUGCAUUACAUCAACCCCUACCAGCCUAACGAGUACCUCAAGGCGCUCGUGGCGGUGGGCGAGAUCUGCCAGGACUACGACAGCGAUAAAAAGUUCUCCGCUCUGGGCUUUGGUGCACGGAUCCCCCCCAAGUACGAGGUCUCCCACGACUUCGCCAUCAACUUCAACCCCGACAACGACGAGUGCGAGGGCAUCCAGGGCGUGGUGGAGUCCUACCAGAGCUGCCUGCCCAAAAUCCAGCUGUAUGGCCCCACCAACGUGGCCCCCAUCAUCUCCAAGGUGGCCCGCGUGGCGGCGGAUGAGGAGCGCACCAAGGAGGCAUCGCAAUACUUCAUCCUGCUGAUCCUGACGGACGGCGUGGUGACGGACAUGGCAGACACGCGGGAGGCCAUCGUCCGCGCCUCCUACCUGCCCAUGUCCAUCAUCAUCGUGGGGGUGGGCAACGCCGACUUCACCGACAUGCAGAUCCUGGACGGCGACGACGGCGUCUUGCGCUCCCCCCGGGGCGAGCCCGUGCUGCGCGACAUCGUCCAGUUCGUCCCCUUCCGCGAGUUCAAGAAUGUGAGUGGGUCCUCCAGCGCUCCUGUUCCCCCCACCCUGUGCCCCCCGUGCUGGGUGCCACUGACAUCAGCUCACCCAUCCCACCCCACCCUGUCCCACAGGCGUCCCCGACAGCGCUGGCCAAGUGCGUGCUGGCCGAGGUGCCCAAGCAGGUGGUGGAGUACUACAGCUACAAGGCCUUCCCCCCGCGCUGCCCUCAGCCCCACACCCCUGACUCCAGCCUGGGCUCGCCCUAGUGAGUGUGCCUGUAUGGGGAUGGGGACAGCCCCGGUGCCGCCACAGGUCACUGUGCCAUGCCGCGUGGGGUGGCCAGGUCCCCAUGUCCCCGCUCGGUCCCCUGCUGUCCCCGUUGUCCCUGUGCUCCGUGCUUGUCUGUCUGUGUGUUGUUUUGAGGCUGCAUGACGAACCCAUCCUUGGGCCAAUAAAGCAAGCUGCCCUUUCCCUGUGCCAUCUGCUCUCUGGGCAUCGGCACCCACGGAGCGCUGCUGCGUCGCACAGAAUCCACAACCGUGGGCACUCCAUGGGGUGCUGGGAUGGGGGGAUUCAGCCCACUGCUCUGCCUCGGUACCCCACCCGUGGGCACAGCCCCAUUCUGCAGCAGGGAAGUGGGGAUGGAAGGGAACAAAAGCUGAAAGCAGCCCCCAGCUGCCCAGUACCUGGCCACAUCUCUCAUUAGCGGGGAUUUGUCACUUGAAAGCCACCGGCCGCUGAAUGAGAGGUGGCAGUGCUUUGUAGCUGCUGUACUUUUUUGCUUUCAAGUUGUGCUGGUGCUGCCCCACUGCGCGGCCUCGGCAGCACAAAAAUCCAGGGCAUGGAGGCAGGGAGAGGUACCCUCCUGCACGAUACCUCUGCCGUGUGCCACGUGCUGUGUGCUGGGCCACGUGCCUUGUGCCAUGGCAUGUGCUGUGCCAUGGGCUGCCUGCUGAGUGCUGCUGUGUGCCAUGCGCUACGGGCCAUGCACUAUUUACCAUGUGCUACAUGCCAUGUGCUAUUUGCCAUGCGCUAUGUGCCGUGUGCUAUGCACUGUGUGUCGUGUGUUAUGUGCCCUGUGCUGUGUGCCAUGUGCCAUGCUCUAUAUACCAUAAGCUAAGUGCCAUGCUCUGUAUGCCCUGCACUAUGUGCCAUGCGCUGUGUACUGUGUGCCAUGUGCUGUGUGUCAUGUGCCAUGCGUGGUGCCACCGCUGUGUGCCCCGGGCCCUGCCUUGGGUGUCCCCGCUGGGGCUGUGCUGUCCCCUGGCAAGGAGUUGGCACAGGGCUUGUCCUCGUGGCCAUGUCCCUGUCCCAGAGCAGGGACAAUGCUGGCAACGGGCAGAGCGCGGUGCCCGAUCCGUCAUAUUUAUAGCUCCUGAUUCAUCCCUAUCAAGCCAGAAAACGGAUGUCGCCAUAGAAACCCGUUGGGGCUGCAGCUGUGUUCGGCCCUCGGUGCGGGCAGGGGGGGCUGAGCCCCCCACCAGGGCUGUGUCCCCCCUGUGGGUGUGAGGUGUGCGCUGCCGCUAAUCAAUGUUUAAUUGAUGGGGUUAAUGACUGGCAUUUCUUGUGCUUUAUCAGCUCUUCGUAAGGCCGCUGCUGGCAGUGCAGCAGUACGGCGCCGCUGGGGGGCACGGGUACAGGCAGCCCCUGGGGCUGGGGCAGGCGGUGCUGCAGGGCACGAGGGCAAUGAGGGGGUGCUCUGGGAUGGGGUCCCGUGGUGACGCUGUGGAUGUCCCGGCCAUUCUGCCACGGCCGCACCCAGGUAAUGGCCUAGGAUGGGUCCCCACC